AUGUUAUUCCUCUCUGCAGUCCUGCCUCUCUUGGCAAUGACCUCCGCCCGAUCCAUUCCCUCUCCCAAAGCCGAUGCAAGCCUUGACUCCCGAGGACUCCUAGACGGACUAGUCGGCGGACUAGGCCAGACAGUGGGUAAUCUGGGGGGUACCCUGGGAGGCGUCGUAGGCGGAGUGGGCAAUACAGUCGGUGGAUCCCUCGGAGGAACAGUAAGCGGAGUAGGUCAAGCUCUCGGUGGAACGGUCACUACCGUUGGAGGUGCAGUGGUGGAAGUAUCCAAAUUGAAUUUGGACGUAUUAGUAAACACAUGUAUAAGGCUCGGAACAGCCACAAAGGUCAACGAAGUAGCCUCUGUAGGUGGUGGGCUGGUCGGUCAAUCUGGAGGCAUCACCCUGGCUGCUGGUGCAUGUGUAUGUGUCGAUGCUGCUGCGUCGGCAUCAUUGAGUGGAGUAUCUGCCAAUGUAGGUGUGUAUGCUUCUGGAGGAUUGUACUUUAAUGGAACCGCCGCAGCGGAUAUAGCUUCUUCGACUCAGCCUGGUUUGUUAGGUUUAUCAACUGGUGUAUACAACUUCGAUGUCGCGGAGACUUGCAUAGCAGCUUCAGUGUCACUAUCAAAUUCUCAUCAUGAUUUACAACCAGUCGGUGGAUCAUGUUGUGCAAGAGCAUGUAAUUCAGGAUACGUCCUAACAGGCGGCUCAACAUGUUGUCUACCUGGAUCAACCCUCUCAUCCACAGGACAAUGCAUAACUCCACCUACCUGCACCACCAACGAGAUUCUAUGUAACAAUCAAUGUUAUCCCAAAUCAACUUAUACCUGUCCAUCAGGUCUACCAGUGAUGAUUCAAUCGAAACGAUCUGAAACUUGUCCAGUGGGUAUGGAGAAGUGUUCGAUCGGGACAUUAGGAUUGAAUCAGUGGGAAUGUAUUGAUACGAAAUCAGAUAUUGAAUCUUGCGGAGGAUGCAUGUACCCUACUCCCUCAGAUACCAACCCUCUAGCCAUCUCUACCGGAACAGACUGUACCUCCCUACCGGGUACAAACGGCGUAUCAUGUGUAAAAGGUCAAUGUCAAAUCCAAUCAUGUCUUAAAGGAUACAAAUUAUCAAAUAAAGGUACCUCCUGCGAGAAACAAUAUCAACUACCUGUAAGAAGGUCAAACAGAAUUAGAAUUGUACAACAACAAUCAUGA